ACCAUCAACAUUAGUUGGUGCGAUUGAACAGCCACAGCACAGCACAGCAUAGCGGCGGGAUAAGCUCGCGUGACGCGCGCCUACAACUUGCCUGCUAGUAUACCCGGCCGUCAGAACACCUUGCAUCUCACUACAAUCCACAUAAGUCCUGACCUCACAGAAACAUCCAUGGCGGCGAGUAUGCUAUCACCAGCCCAAAGCGGCGCCGGGGUCUUUGCUCCAACACCAGAUGAUCUCCGCCUCCUCGUACUCGACUACCUGUGCCACAAUUCAUAUUCCAAUACUGCUCGCGCUUUAGUAAAGGACACCACUACGAAGCACUUGGAUGCAGACGGAGAUGAAAUCUUGUCAUCCGCAGAAGCAGAAAGCAGCGAUGGCCUACUGCACAUGCUGGAGGAGCGACUCGCGCUUGGCGAGCGUCGCAAAGAAAUCCGAACGGGACUACUAUCGGGUCAGGUAGACGAGGCGAUCGCCCUCCUCAUUAAGUCCUUCCCCUCUGUCCUUGCCGAAAUUUCUGAGCCCGCUGCAUGCACCACCUCCUCCGACACACUCACCUACAUUCCCUCUACGUCCGUUGAUCCCCUUCAUCUCAUGCUCAACCUCCACAUUCACGCCUUCAUCGAGGCUAACCGCACCGUCCCACUCCCGUACUACCCACCCGGCACUGCGAUCUCACCUGCGAGCCCCGUGCUCUGCCCGGAGCGCGACGAGUCCGAGCAAGCCAACGCUGCGCUGCUCCACCGCGCGCAGAACCUCUACAGCGAGGCGAACCGCCUCCCGGGCGCGCAGGACCGCGUCGAGUACUUGAAGGAGCUCGGCCAGGUUGGCGUACUCCUCGCGUAUUCUGUACCCGAGAACAGCCCGUCCUCGGAGUACUUGAGCCAGCCGCGGAGGGAGGCAAUUGCUGAUCAGAUCGAUAGCGCCAUUCUCUACAGGUACCAUCAGCCCAUAGUGUCCAAGCUUGAUCUCGUUGCACGCCAGACAUCAGUCAUCUGGUCGAUGCUGCACGAGUUGAAAUACAAACUCCCUCCGCGCUCUGCAUGGCCCAGCGGCGUAUCGCUCUCGCUACCCGCCAGCGCGCAAACACAUCCGAACACAGCUGGUACCACGAAGACAGCAUCCCUGCCGGUCAAGACGAGCGGCCUCGAGAACGAUUCUGCGGAGAUCGCACCUCCUUUCGAUUUACAAGCACUCCUCGAUACAGUAACAUGAACCAGGCCC